AGGCGGGUUUCAAUUUCAAACCCCCAACAGUCCAAGCGACGAGUCACUGGGUCGUGGGAUAAUAUUAAAAACCAUACAGUUGCCGCGUUUAUUCGAAGUGUGGCGUUAGUCAAACACAGCCCGGUGUGCUUAUCGCCGGCCGUGAUUGCGGCCCUCAGAAUCCGUGAAGAGAAGAAGAAAAGUCGCGUGCCUUCGUCUUCGCUCCAGUUUUUACGCGCCUGGUGAAAAUCUGGAUGAGAAACCGAGGCUCGGCUCGUUUGCAGCAGGUGUUGAAGAACCCGGACGCGGCGCCACAAUACAACCACUGACCUACGCUUUUUUUUUUAAAACUCCUACAAGUUAUCUGACAUAGCGAGUCAUAUCUGCAAAAAAACAACAACAUGCCGAGGUCCAACAGGCAACGAGAAUACAAACCGGGGGAUCUUGUAUUUGCUAAAAUGAAGGGCUACCCACAGUGGCCUGCGAGGAUUGACGAAUUGCCUGAAGGAGCCGUGAAGUCCCCCUCCAACAAGUAUCAGGUGUUCUUUUUUGGGACACAUGAGACGGCAUUCCUGGGGGCCAAGGAUUUGUCCCCGUACGACGAAAAUAAGGAGAAAUUUGGGAAAGCGAACAAGAGGAAAGGCUUCACUGAGGGACUCUGGGAGAUUGAGAACAACCCCACGGUCACACAUGAAGGCUAUGAGUCAUCGAAGAAGGAUAGCGCGUCAGAAGAGGCAGGGGACACCGCAAGUUUGGAGAAAGCCGAUGCCGAGGGCAGCAGUGAUGAGGAUGAAGGGGCCCUCGUCAUCGACGAGAAGAACGAGAGGGGAGGAGCCAAACGAAAAGCGGAGGAGCCCACAGAGGCGUCACCCAAGCGGCCGAAGGAUACAGAGGCAGAAGGUGAUCCCAAAGUAGACCGCUCCAAGUCUAAUGCUAAUGCUAAUGCAGAGGCUAAGCUCAAUGAUGUGGCCGAACCCAAGGCAACGGCUCCCUCCUCACAGAGCGAGUCCAAAGCAGAGGCGCAGGAAAAGGCUCCAGCAGGAGGCCAGCUAAAGGCAGACAAGCCUGUGACCGACAGAGCUUAACGGCAAGUCAGAAGAAAACAAAGAACCUUUGUUGCUUUUUUUCCUGGAAUUUAAGCAGCAGUUUACUAGUUGGAUCCCAGAUUUCAGCUGUUUAAUUAAUAGAAGAAUUUUAAAAACCUAAGUGUUUGUAUUGAGAGACAAACAAAUCCUCAUUUGCUAUUUUUGGGAUAUCAUAUAUCCCAAAAACAAAAAGUUUGCUAAUCUGAUUUCAAACAAUUGAACUGAGCAAUUUAAAGCUCAUUUAUAAAUGGGAUUUUGGUGUGUGUGUAUAUAUUUUUUAUUUCUAAGUGCAAUUACAUAAUUACAAAGACUGAAUGCUAGGUGUCAAAACAUGUUUUCAGUUUAGAGGGAAUAAACACUGAAA